GGUUAACCAGGGACAGGCCAGAAAGUUAAAAGAAACCAAGAGGGCAGCACAGUACAAAAUCAGAAUCAGGUGCAAGGCUAGGAGAAGCAAGGGUCAAACCUAAAGAGUGGCAUGGUUAAAAGAUCAGAGAGCAAGGAUCAUCAGUGAACACAAAGAGCUCAAGUCACUACAGUAUAUGCUCGGGGGAAAAAAAAAUAAUGCAGGAACAAAACACUGGUGAAACCACAGUCACAGGCAACUCAGGUAGUGAGUGAGCUGCCUAUCUAAAUAUGCAGCAAGGAGGUGUGAGUGCCAGCAUCGCAUCUGAUUGACCCAGCAUUCACACAUUCUAAGAGCUACAUCACAGACUGAGGAAUGGCCAUGUCUUGUACAUGGAUAUUGUCAGGACGAUAAAUGACUCCGCCAACUGCACCACUUGGAGACCAGAAAAGGUGCUCGAACCUGGACAAACAGGGCAAGAAACAUUAAGAAGAAACCACACAACAAUGAAAAGAUUUAAAGCAAAGUUUCUUGCACCUCCAAAACAAAAUGACCCAUUGGAUGAUGAAUCAACAAAAGAGAACAAACCCGACUCAUCGCAGUCUCAGGAGAAAGUCUCCUCCAGUGCACACAGGGAGAGCGCCAUAGCAAGCGAUGAAAAUGAAAUCUGUGAAGAAAAAAACAAAAAAGAGAAGAAGGUGGCCAUGAAAAAAAAUCUAGGUGUUCUCUUUAGGGUUCCAUUGGUGAUUAACUGCAUGAAGGGGAUACUACAAGCACAACGAAAACUUAAACUAGGAGGCUCUUCAGCCCGAAGAAGAAACAGUAAAGAUGAGCCAAGUAUCACCAGCGAGUACGCAGGAGUCCAGAUUCUUGACCUCAUCAAGCGCAUGCGAGAGAGAACCAGCCAUUACAAGGAUAAACUGGCCGAUACGGACAUUUCAUCAGCAGAGACAAGCCCUACAACAACUCCAGCUAAAAAAAAAACUCCAACACCACCGCCCCCACCACCGCCACCUUCUAAAGAAGAGGAAAAGACUGAAAAAGAGAAGGAUGUUGAGAAGGGGGCACAACCAGAAGCAGAAGAAGAACAUUACUGUGAUAUGCUCUGCUGCAAGUUCAAGAGACGUCCAUUAAAAAAUUACUUGAAGAAGUUGAAGAUCCCCGAUUCCAUUGAUGGGUAUACAGAUCCGUUAUAUCUGUUCUGGCUGCUGGUUGUUGCGUUGUCAUUUAACUGGAACUGCUGGUUUAUUCCCCUGCGAUGUGUGUUUCCAUUUCAAACCUCUGACAACCUGUUGUACUGGAUGAUCGUGGAUUAUAUGUGUGAUAUUUGCUAUCUUUUGGAUAUUUUCAUCUUCCAGCCGCGUCUCCAGUUUAUAAAAGGAGGUGAUAUAGUAACAGAAAGAAAACAAACAAGGAAAAACUACUGGGAAUCUGCAAAGUUUCGGCUUGAUGUAGCAUCUGUGAUACCAUUUGAUCUUCUGUACGUCAUUUUCGGAUGCAGACCAUUGUUCAGAUUAAACCGGAUGUUAAAGUACAGCACAUUCUUUGAGUUUAAUGAUCGGCUAGAAGCUGUCCUCAAGAGAGCCUUUAUUUACAGAGUCAUUAGAACAACAGGUUACCUAUUGUUCAUUCUUCAUAUCAACGCAUGCAUUUACUACUGGGCUUCCGCCUAUGAAGGCAUUGGUAGCACCAAAUGGGUUUAUGAUGGAAACGGCAAUAUGUACCUGAGAUGUUACUACUUUGCAGUACGGACUUUGAUCACCAUAGGCGGCCUCGCAGAACCUCAAACAUUAUUUGAAAUCCUUUUCCAGCUGUUGAAUUACUUUUCUGGGGUUUUUGUAUUUUCAAGUUUAAUUGGACAGAUGCGCGAUGUGAUUGGAGCUGCAACUGCAGGACAAAGCUAUUACCGAGCCAGCUUGGAUAAAGCCGUUUCAUAUAUGAACACAAACAAAAUCCCCAGACAAGUUCAAAAUCGUGUCCGGACGUGGUUUGAGUACACGUGGGAUUCACAAGGAAUGCUAGAUGAAUCUGAACUCCUGGAGGAAAUGCCAACAAAAAUGCAACUGGCUAUUGCAAUGGAUGUAAAUUUAGCUAUCGUCAACAAUGUGGAGUUAUUUAAAGGUUGCGAUAACCAGAUGAUUCAAGACUUGCUCUUGAAACUGAAGUCCAUUGUCUAUUUACCAGGAGAUUUUGUUUGCAAAAAGGGGGAGAUUGGAAGAGAGAUGUACAUCAUCAAGCAGGGAGCUGUACAGGUUCUCGGUGGGCCAGAUGAUAAGAAGGUUCUGGUUACACUGAAGGCUGGAGCUGUGUUUGGAGAAAUCAGCCUCCUAUCUUCUGGUGGAGGAAACCGCAGAACUGCUAAUGUGGUGGCCCAGGGAUUUGCAAAUCUUUUUAUUUUGGAUAAGAAGUGUCUAAGUGAAAUUUUGAUUCACUAUCCAGAUUCAAAGAAGCUGCUUACAAAGAAAGCCAAGAAAUUGUUAAAGGAUAAAGGAAAGCCAUCAGCACCCACCGUUAUUAAGAAAGGCUUUACCCACCUGAUACCCACUAAACAAGACACUCCACGUCUUUUCAAUGCUUUAAUGUCGGCUGCUGCCAACAAACCCGGAUUCCGCUUAUUACAGAGGGAAAAAUCAGCAGAUCUCACCGCAGACGUAGCUACGGACAAGAAUGAAAUGCCCCCGAAUCAAGGGGAACCAGAGAAAAGUGACAAUCCGAAAGCACAGGAAACAUUACCCAGCCAGAAAGAUGAAGGGAAGAAAGAAAAUGUCAUCUCAUCCAGAGCAAAUAUACCAGUAGAUGCAAAGAACAAAUCUUACAUUAUAACAAUGUCUCCGUCAGCCAAGGCUGGAGAGGGAGAAGUUCUCACCGUGGAAGUGAGAGAACCGGAAAAGAAAGCUUAGUGUCUGCCGAGUCGGGAGACUCCCCAUAUUAAGUGUCAGUCAUCAUUAUAACUUUCUUUCAUUUUUAAUUGAGAAUAUUGUUAACUUUGAAGGAGUACUCUGGCGAAAACUAACUUAUCCCCUAUCCACAGGGUCCAGUCCUCAAGAUCCCCCAUCGCCGAUCUCCAGGGCUCGACCCCGAUUCUCUCAGUGAGGAGGGCGUGUCAUCUACUGAAAGACAGCACGUGCUCCGUUCAUUCCUAUGGGAGCGCUGACGAUGCCUGAGUGCUGUACUCAGCUCUUUUAGGCACUCCUAUAGGAAUCCGGUGGAUAGGGGAUAAGUUAAAGGGGUACUCCACUGGAAAAAAAAUUUUUAAAUCAACUGAUGCCAGAAAGUUAAACAGAUUUGUAAAUG